CUUCAACGCUCCACGCCACCAGCCCACUUUAUAAUCUGUGUCCCGCCAUCGCUUGACCAACCUGCCAAUUUACCAGCAAAACCCAAUUUCUGCUGUUUCUGCCGUGUCGGAUCGAGGACUGGAAGCCGUCGACCUUUAUGGUUCUCUAAUAUCGGGUUUUAAAUCGCCUCCGCAUCUCACAACCGGCAUGAGCGGACGGUUAAUAUCAGCGGUCGGGCGCCUCCCGGCCAUGCGUUCGGCCUCGGUUCGAAGUUUGCGACAAUAUCAUCAGCUGUCUUCCGGCGGUCUCCUUCGUGCCGAUGCUGCUGUUCGCGCAACCCGCCGACGGAUGUGGUUCCCGGUGAACUCAUUCCACAACGCCGUCGCUGUACGAAAUGCCUCCUUCGGCCGUUUCCUGCCUCGGUUGGUGGUCAAAUUCAUAAGGAUACCUGCCAUGGCAGGCGGUGUCAUGAUAGGUGGACUGGCUUGGAUACAAUAUCAAGCUACACAGGCCGGAAAUUACGCUUGGGAUAUUGUCAUUAACACGAAAGAUACGGUUGCAAACACGGCCACAGGCUUUAUAGAUGGUGCCAAGGAUAUUGCCGAUCAGACGAUGCGAGGGUGGCAAAAUACGAAAGAGAAGGUUGAGCUACCAGAAUGGAUGCAGAGUAUCCUAAAACUUCAAGAAGAGAUAGGAUCUGGAAAACAAGGUGAUGGACCUGGUGGUGAGGAGCCUCCGAAACAGAGUAGAGCAAAUGCCGCAGUUGUGGGUGGUGCUACCGCCGCUGCCUACGGCUACGAUCAAUCCUCCGACGAUGAUCCACGAAGUGCGGAUGAGAUGGCUAAGGAUGACCAAAUGAUGGUGCUAACAAAGAAGAUGAUCGAAAUUCGCAAUAUUUUAGCAAGAGUUGGACAGUCUAGUACCUUAACCUUGCCAUCUAUUGUCGUUAUUGGAUCGCAGUCGUCAGGAAAGAGUUCCGUACUCGAGGCCAUUGUGGGGCACGAGUUUUUGCCAAAGGGGUCAAACAUGGUUACCCGAAGACCUAUCGAACUCACCCUUAUCAACACGCCCGAUUCAGAUGCCGAGUUUGGUGAAUUUCCGGAUCUGGGGUUGGGAAAGAUCUCUGACUUUUCCUCAAUCCAGCGAACCCUAACAGAACUGAACCAGGCUGUCCCGGAAAGUCAGUGCGUAUCAGACGACCCGAUUCGACUAUCUAUCUCAUCGCCUAACAUCCCGGACCUCUCACUGAUCGACCUCCCUGGUUACAUUCAAGUAGUUGGCCAAAACCAGCCUUUGGAGCUUAAGCAAAGAAUAUCUGAGCUCUGUGACAAAUAUAUACAACCACCGAAUGUCAUACUAGCGAUUUCAGCUGCGGAUGUCGAUUUAGCCAAUUCUACGGCUCUGCGAGCUAGUAGAAGGGUUGACCCAAGAGGCGAACGGACAAUAGGUGUUGUCACGAAGAUGGACCUGGUCGAUCCCACUCGAGGAGCCUCUAUCUUGUGCGACAAACAAUAUCCUCUCCGUUUAGGUUACGUUGGUGUCAUCUCUCGCGCGCCGACAACGACUGGUUUAUUCAAGAAGGGCAAUACUAAUGUCACGUCUGCUGUUACUCGCAACGAAAACUCAUUUUUCUCAAGUCAUCCUUUGGAAUUUGGUCCCGGUUCGGAUAUCCAAGUUGGAACGUCAACACUACGCAAGAAACUCAUGCAUGUUUUGGAACAGACAAUGUCAGCUAGUCUACAGUCGACGAGCGAUGCGAUACGACAGGAACUCGAAGAGGCUACUUAUGAGUUCAAAGUACAGUACAACGACCGACCAUUGUCUGCGGAGUCAUAUCUAGCUGAGAGCUUAGAUGCUUUUAAACACUCUUUCAAGAGAUUUACCGAGGAGUUUGGUCGACCUGAAAUGCAUGAGCUCCUAAAGAACGAACUUGAUCAACGGAUGCUUGACCUCCUAGCAGCAAGAUACUGGAAUAAGCCUAUUUACGAUUUAAGCGUCCCCAUCGCCGAGCCUAACAGCCUUGUCGAUCUUCCCAAAGCGGAUCCUAACUCUCUCUAUUGGCGUAGACAACUUGAUGCUUCUACUUCGUCGCUCACAAAACUUGGUGUUGGUAGACUGGCCACUAACGUAGUAGCCAGCUCUAUCCAAUCCCGGAUUGACGCUCUUAUCAGCCACUCAACAUUUGUGAACCAUCCGUAUGCGCGUCAGGCGAUUACCGAGGCUGCUGCGAGUAUCUUGAACGACAGGUUUUACAGCACUAGCGAUCAAGUAGAAAAUUGCAUCAAACCUUUCAAGUUUGAAAUUGACAUGGAAGAACGCGAAUGGACCGCAGGUCGAGAUCAUGUCCAAGGCGUCUUAAAAAAGGAGCUAUCUGCCUGUGAGGGCGCUCUGAAAGGUCUCGAGUCAACAGUCGGUGGACGCAGAAAACUUAAGGAAGUCAUGAACUUUGUCGAUAAGGCUAGGAAAGGCGACGUCAUAGUUGAAGGCGAGAGCCGCAGUGGCGCGGGAGGGUUCAGUGCAGAGUUGCUUGCUCAAGGGCGAGAAGCUGUUUUUCUGCGCGAUCGUGCUGACAUCAUCAAGAUGCGGAUGCUUGCGGUCAAGUCAAAACAAUGCGCUAACAUCAAGAAUAAAUACCACUGCCCAGAAGUCUUCCUGGACGCGGUCGCUUCGAAACUUGCAUCUACCGCCGUCCUUUUCCUUAAUGUGGAGCUACUUUCCGAGUUCUAUUACAAUUUUCCGCGGGAGUUAGACCUUCGACUUGGACGGCACCUGUCAGAUGAACAAGUAGAAAAGUUUGCUAAGGAAGAUCCCAAGAUCAAAAAACACCUUGAGGUUAUCAAGCGAAAGGAGCUUCUCGAGCUAGUGCUUGAAAAGAUGGAGAGCCUCAGACAGCUCGAAGGCCUAGAAAGAGAAAGGUCGAGGGGUGUGAAGAAAGGAGGAGAGAAAGAACGUGGACGAUGGGGACUCUUCUGAGUUUAUAUAUCGUCCUCUAGCUACUUCUGACGAAUUAUCAUGACGGGGGGAGGAGUUAAAAAGGUUUA